AAAUUUACGGCAAUAAAAAAAUAAGAAAAAUAAUCAAUUUUCUAAAUGUCAUCUUUAAUAUAUAAAUUGAAAUUCACACAUAUAUAAAUUAGUUUUUCCUUUUCGUGUUCAAAAUUUCCCCGGAAGCUCACUUUACUCUCUCCCCUCUCUCGCACGCUCCGUUUCUCUGUGUAAUAGAACGGAAGAAAACGAAAGAAGAGAGAAAACCCUAACGCUUUGUUUGGUGCUUGAGAAGCCAGCAUUUAGGUUUGAACCGCGGUGAAUCUGCUUCGAUUGGAGGGUUUCUAGGGUUUCGAUGGAGUGAGAGCUAGCAAGAUCUGCAACGGAAGAGACUCGGAACAACGCACCAAUGGAUUCCUCGGAUAAGGAGCUAGAAGAGCAGCUUCUAGAAGCUGGUAACAAGCUCGUAGAUCCUCCCUCCUCCGUCGAUGACCUGCUUCGUGUUCUAGAUCGGCUUGAGUGUUGCCUAAUAUUGGUUGAACAGUCACCUUCCAAAUCUAUGCAAAAUGCACUCUCUCCAUCAUUGAAAGCAUUAAUUGCUGAUAAACUUUUAAAGCAUACCCAUGUUGAUGUCAAAGUUGCAGUUGCCUCUUGCAUAAGUGAGAUAACAAGGAUCACUGCACCUGAUGCUCCUUAUGAUGAUGACCAAAUGAGGGAUGUCUUUCGAUUAAUUGUAUCUUCAUUUGAAAAUCUACAUGACAAGUCAAGCCGAUCAUAUACAAAGAGGACUGCAAUUCUUGAAACAGUUGCAAAAGUGAGGUCAUGUGUGGUAAUGCUGGAUCUUGAAUGUGAUGAUCUGAUUUUGGAGAUGUUUCAGCAUUUCUUGACUACAAUAAGGGAUCAUCAUCCAGAGGCUGUUUUUUCAUCCAUGGAAACCGUAAUGAUCCUUGUUCUAGAGGAGAGUGAGGAUAUAUCCCUAGAUUUACUCUCUCCAAUCUUAGAAAGUAUUAAGAAAGACAAUGAGGAAGUUUCGCCAAUUGCUCGAAAGUUGGUGGAGAAAGUUCUUGAACGUUGUGCAACCAGGCUUAAACCAUAUAUAAAGCAAGCAGUGGAUCACUUGGGUAUUUCCUUGGAUGAUUAUAGUAAUGUUCUUGCCUCAAUAUGCCAAGAUACAUCUGGUAGUUUGGAGCAAAAUGAUGCCUGUGCUACUAGUGAUCAUGCGGAAGAUGAGAGCAAAUCAGGAAAAGAGCCAGUGAAGGAGUCGGAACAGGUGGUUAGGGAGAAUUCCAAAGAAGAUGCACCACCCCCAGAAGAUAAUCCCGAGGGUGACAGAUCUCCUAAGUCUGUCAUGAGUAAUGGCAUUGCACAAACUGGAGAAGAUGAUACUUCGGUAGAUCCAAAGUCCUUAAAGAAGCAAGGUGAUACUGAUGGUGCUGUUCAUUCUGAAGGUAUUAAUUUAUCGGGUAAUGGAGAGUCCAAUGAUUUGGAUGGUGAAAAAAUUGAGAAUAGUGAAUCAAAGGCAGAACAAUCCACCAAGGGAAGAGGAAGGAAACCUAGUGCUUCGAAAUUGGUUGAACCUUCUGAAGGUUCAUAUCUUGCUAAUGAGAAAGAAACUGAGAAAGUGAUUGAAAGUCACAGCAAGGAUGUUCCCAGUUCUACUCAUGAGGAUGAUUGUGCUGAGGCUACAAGACCUUCAGAAAAUGAUAAAGAGAUUGAUGCUAAAAUUUCAUCACCAAAAGCAGGUGAUGGUGAAUCUGAUGCUGUUGCUUCUCCUUCACCAAGUGAAAGCAUUCAUGAUGAAAAUCAUUCAAAGAAACGUGGGCGAUCAAAAAAGAAAGCAAGCUCUGCAAAAGAAGGGGUUGCAGAAAAUGUUUCGAAAAAGGUUUCUGAAGGAACAAGUGAUUCAGAAGGAAAACCUUUGAAGCCAUCAGUGAAAAAGGGACAGGGUCGUACCUCUGAUGUGAAAAAAACUACCAUGGUAGAUGCAGUAAAAAAAGGAAGUGGGGCUACAAGUGACGUGGAUGGAAAAAAACAAUCAGCUAAGAAAGCAGAAGACAGAAACAAGGGUGGUGGUGGGUCCUCUUCUAGGCAGUUGGAGGACAAGAGAAAGAAGGGGCGGGGGAAAGGUAACCCUGAGAAGGGUCUAGCAAAAUCUUCUACUAAGGAUGAUGACAAGGAAAUGGUGUCUUCACCAAAGUCAGCUGUGAAAUCAACUAAAGAUGAACAUUCAGAGGAGACUCCUAAGACAAAUUUGAAGAGGAAGCGCACUCCAGGAAAAGAAAAUGAGUCUAAUAGCAAGAAAUAUGGUCAAGAACUAGUUGGUUCGCGAGUUAAAGUUUGGUGGCCAGAUGAUCAGAUGUUUUAUGAAGGUGUUGUUGAUUAUUUUGAUUCUGCCACUAAGAGGCACAAGGUCUCAUAUGAUGAUGGUGAUGAGGAAGUAUUACUUCUUAAGAGGGAAAAAUGGAAAAUUAUUGAUGAUGGCAGUGAUUCAGAUGGGGGAGACGGAAGUGAUCGCACAAGUCCUGAUGCUUCUGCAGAUUUGCUGCCAAAAAAGAAAGGGAAAACUAGUGGCAGUGAACUGAAAAAGGGAGGAAAGAAGGAUUCUUCUAAAAGUGGAGGAGCCUCUUCGAGCAAAUCCAAAGGGGGGACAUCUGCGAAAUCUAGCAACAGGUCCAAAGAUGGCAGCAAAGCUGAUCGAAAAUCAAAAGAUUCCAAGACUGCAGUCAAAUCUGAGGAUGAAGUUAGUAGAAAAUCUAAGGAUCAUUCUCUGAAAAGUGGUGGCAGUAAAUCUAUUGAUGCUUCACAAAAAGGAAAAUCCAAGAACACUGAUAGUUCCAAGAUAAUCAGAUCCAAGGAUGAUGAUGUUAGCACAUCAAAGACCUCUGCUAAGUCGAAGCAAGAAACUCCGAAGACCGGAAAAUCUAAGCAAGAAGCUUCUAAGCCCGCUUCUUCCUCCAAGGCAAAAUCUACCAAAAGUGGUACUAAAUCUAAUACCAAUGGCACUGGCAAGGUGAAAUCUAAUUUAUUGAAAACAAAAGAUUCAGAGAAUGAACACUCGGAGAAUUCUACGAAAGUGGUAGAAGACACAAAGGGUAAGACAUCAAGUUCAUUGAAGGCUGGAAGCGAGGCCAAGAGUGGAAAGAAACGUGGGAGAAACUAGAAGUUGAAAAUCACUUUCGCUGUUCAUUCCUUGGAUGCUUGCUCGUUUUCUGCCAGCCCAUCAGUAUUUUGGAUUUUCCUUUCUCGUCUUAGCCCUCUAUUUAAACUUGUGAUAAUCCCCUAAUUAUUGGUAGCAUUUUUAUCUUAGUUAGGCUAGUUUAGUGCUACUAGGGCUAGUAUCUACCGUUCUUUUUUCCCCCAAUUUCUUGGUAGAUUUUAUUUUAAGGUGGCAGAAGAGAACUUUGGUUAGCAACCUUCAUUAAAGAAUAUUUUGUCUCAACCUGAUAAUGUCAGGUUCACAAAACUUACCUUUUAUAGUUGUAUCGAAAAUAUGCGCUACACUGUAUACUGACAGUUGAAGCUUAAUUAGAGUUGGGGGCAUUAGCCGUGGAGAGUUGCCUUUGUCCUAUUUAUUUUAUUUGGUUCUGAAGUUCAUGUCUGACGGGUUCAAUCUUAUUCAGUAAAUGGAAAUCAUAGUGCUAUCCGUAUAUCUUUUUAUUAUCUAGGCAUAUUGGCAAUCGAGAAUUAUGAGUUAAUGCAUUCCAUCCGGAGACGAUUGUAUUUGGGCUUGCAGUU